ACGUUCUAGCUACACUAAAAAACAAACUCUCCUUCUCAUCAAGUCACACAAACGUAUCCAUCACCAAAGUACAGUCUCAUUUUGUUUGUUUACAUUUAAAUAUCAUUACUUAGGAGAAGUUAAUCUUUUUGUGCUGUCAUUAUCUCACUUGAUAAGUGCUUGUUUGAUUGAAGACAAUUCAGCUUCUAAGAUAGCCAUGGUCAACAGCACUGAGCCUCCACCGCGUCUUGAGGGUAAAUAUGCUGCAAUUGUGAUUUGCUGGUUUCUUGGCAUUGGGGGUCUUUUUGCUUGGAACAGUAUGCUGACUAUAGUAGACUACUAUAUUUACUUGUUUCCGAAAUACCACCCUUCUAGGGUGCUCACCAUUGUAUAUCAGCCAUUUGCAUUUGGAACAAUAGCAAUUCUGGCUUACAAUGAGGCUAAAAUCAAUACAAGACUGCGGAACUUGUUUGGAUAUACUGUCUAUUUCUUUGGCAUUUUGUCAUUGUUAAUUUUGGAUUUAGCAACAUCUGGUAAAGGAGGGAUUGGAACUUUCAUUGGCAUUUGCAUAGUUAGUGGUGUAUUUGGAAUAGCAGAUGCUCAUGUACAAGGCGGAAUGGUUGGAGACUUGUCCUACAUGCUUCCAGAAUUCAUUCAGUCUUUCCUUGCUGGUUCUGCAGCGUCCGGGGCUCUAAUAUCGGUUUUGAGGUUAGUUACAAAAGCAGUAUUUGAGAAUUCUCCAAACGGUCUUCGCAAAGGAGCUAUUCUGUUCUUUGCCUUAUCAUCAUUUUUUGAGCUUCUAUGUGUUAUUCUCUACGCAUAUGUCUUUCCUAAAUUAGCAAUCGUAAAGCAUUACCGCUCAAAAACAGCAUCCGAAGGAUCCAAAACGGUUUCAGCUGACCUUGCUGCCGCAGGCAUACAGACCUCACCGGGCGAAGCCGGGGAAGAUUCAAAACAGCAUGAACGCAAAGGACUAAAACAAUUGUUUACGGAAAACAUCGAUUAUGCACUUGAUUUGUUCCUAAUUUAUGUGCUAACACUGUCUAUUUUCCCUGGCUUCUUAUCAGAAGAUACCGGAUCACACAGUUUAGGCACCUGGUAUGCUCUUGUUUUAAUUGCCAUGUUUAAUGUGUGUGAUCUUAUCGGAAGAUACAUUCCGCUUGUGAAAUUCUUAAAUUUGGAGUCGAGAAAGUUGAUCACUAUAGCAGUUAUUUCUCGUUUUUUACUUAUACCGGGGUUUUAUUUCACUGCAAAGUAUGGUACUCAGGGCUGGAUGAUAUUCUUGACAUCUUUCCUGGGGUUAACCAAUGGUUACCUCACUAUCUGUGUUUUCACUUCUGCACCUAAAGGUUACAAGGGACCUGAACAAAAUGCUUUGGGAAAUAUGUUGGUGUUGAGUCUUCUUGGAGGCCUUUUUGCAGGGGUAACACUUGACUGGUUGUGGUUAAUAGGUAAAGGAUGGUGAGAUUUAAACCAAGCUAAAACAGAGAUUUUUAUUAGUACAGUCAUUGUUCUCAAACAAAUGGUGGAAAUGUGUUUCUUUUAACACUUAUAUAUAUAUACUUCUCCUGAACCGUGAAUAUUUAAUAAAGCCUUGGUCAAUGUUGGUGUA